GGAACAUGGAUGGGGCAGGCAUGGGAGGCUGUAUGUGGGCCACUGUAUGGCACUAUUAUGUGAGGUUAUAAUAGGACAUAUGGUUGCUGUCAGUCGUACCAUCCAUGUGUCCGACUGAUCUGAGGAGAUGUUUUUCUGCUCAUUAUUAUGUUCCUGAGCGACCAGUCGCUCAGAAACAUAAUAAACGCAGAAAUGUGAUUGGUUGCCCGGGGUGCAGUGUGGUCGGUGGACAGGUCCUGUAUACGUCGCCCUCAGGACUGGUAUUUACAACCAGUUUGGGCAGCUGAGUGUCAGCAGGUAUCCGGUUGUGAUUGUUGGUCCCUGCAAUCCUGCCCGGCCUGUUUGUCCUGAUUGUCUUGGCACUGCCCCAUCUCCUGGGUUACAGUAGUAAUCUGCAUACAAUGGCAUCCUGCAGGGGCAGGCGCGGAGGACAGAUGCUGUGUCUCCUGACAUACACGUCUCGGGGGGCGUCUGUAUAAUGGAUCGUUAUUGGGGACUGAAACUACACCGACAUCAACUGAGAGGUAUUGCUGUCCGUAAAGAGCCAUCGGCUGUUUAACUGAAAACACAACCUCGAGGCUUCGAGAUCCAAGAUGGAUAAAGGGGUCAGCCUCCAGAAUCCUUACGCCAACGUUGCCAUCCCUCGAGCACAGCUGAAGAGCAGCUUCACCCGUGACACGCUCGGCAGCGAUCUUGAUGGGGUAGUGAUUACCAACCCCUCCUCCGUGCCAACUUACCCCACGUACAUCAAGCCGGAUGAAAUCAGCAGCAGCAGCAACAACAACCCAACCCCUAACUCGCCCAACGGCAACAGAAUCCGCACGCAGGAGUCGUGGAGAAGACCUUACAACCCGUACGCCAGCAAUAGACCUCAAAAUGGAGGCCACAGUGAUGCCAUGUACACCAUCGACCUGGACAAACGCUACAAAGAUACGGGCGCCGAUCAGAACGCCUGCUGCUGUUAUCCGUAUUGUAAAUGUUGUCCGUGCUGUCGGAAGUCCUGCUGCGUCGUCUCCUAAUACACGCUGACACUUACCCGAGCCACAAAACAAAAACUACUGACCAAAUCCAGGGGGAAACUGUUCCGUCUGGUCGCGUUGGGUACGAACUUUGGACCUUUUACUCGUCUACCAAAUUCAACGACGAGGAACUGGUCUGAUGCUAAGGUGUAGAUUCAGUGGCCAAAUUAAGCUGGUGGUGACUUCCGAAAACAAGCCGUCCAGUGGAUCGUUCAUUGUAAUGAUAUAGUAUUCAUAAUGCCAACAUAUGUCGAAAAUUGUUGAGAAAUAUGGACUCCAGUCAUCCAUUCCUAUGAAGACGUUACCUGUAUUGAGGACACUCUUUGUCCUAGUUGUUUAAUUAAAGGGGGUGCUCACAUUUAGCCAAUUCUGCCCAAAAUAUGUCCUUUAGAUCCAUCUAGACGCAGAAUCCCUUUCUACUGUUUUAUUAUAUGCAGGCAGUCCCUGAUACAG